AUGGAAUAUUUCUCGCAAUCUGAUUUUGUGUGUGGUAUGUGUUUACAAGCAGCAAAUACUUUGAACUUGUCUGUUAGCACCGAUAAUUCGCAAUUACCAAUUGGAUUCAGUGUGUUUAACUUUGACGACUGUUUAUUCGAGGAUUUCGUGCCUUUUGCUUUUAGAACUGAUAAUGCUAUUGUUACUACCGACGAUGCAGUUGAUGAACCAUUAUUCAACACUUCUUCAGAUUAUGAACCUUUAACUGGUUUUGGUCUUAAAGAUAAAGGUCUACGGGUCGCAGCGUAUAAUGUUCAACACUAUGCAAAUAAAGUUGAAAUCAUCCGGACUAUACUUACGCAAACGAAUGGACUUCCUGACAUUUUGUUUCUUAUUGAAACAUGGUUGGAUGAUACUUACACUGAUAAUGAACUAGAAGUUCCUGGUUAUUUGUUAUUAAGAAAGGAUAGGAGUAGUAAACGGGGUGGAGGAAUUGUGGCCUAUGUUCGACAUGAGAUCUCAUUUCAUCGACGGACUGAUCUUGAAAGUAAUGAUCUUGAAAUUUUGUGGUUGGAAAUCAACCAUUCUAACAUGAAACCUAUUCUUGUGGCCGGAGUAUAUCGCCCUCCUGACACCAAUAUGGCAACUGAUUCUAAGCUGGAAGAUAUCCUAUCUCAAGGUUACUUUGAGGGCAAAGAAUUUUAUGCGCUUGGUGACUUGAACAUUAACAUUCAUGAUCCGUCUGCUAUGAAUCAUCAACUAGUUCAGGGACUUCAUGCUAUGUCCAUGACCCAACUAGUUAAUGUUACAACAAGACCAGCUAGUAACACCUGCCUUGAUCAUAUUUGGUGUACGACAGAGGACAAUAUCGUGCGUAUUUCUGUUCCGCAAAUUGGGUUAUCAGACCACUUUCCUGUUUGCUUUAUUCGCAAGUUUAAUGGGGGACUAUGCAGAGAAAAGUCUCAUUUAACUAUUAAAUAUCGUUGUUUUAAGAUGUUUGAUAGCGCUAAGUUUAUCAAGGACCUUGAGAACGUUCCCUGGCAAAAGUUGGCUGCUAUUGACACUGAUCCGGAUGCAGCCUUAGAUACAUUUGAGCGAUUAUUCAAUGACGUUAUCAAUGAUCAUGCGCCUAUGAAAGAGAAACGUGUUAAAUUAUGGCGCCAGCCCCCUUGGAUGAAACCAGAAAUCUUGUCUAAAAUGAAGAAACGAGAUCGGCUCCUUAAAGAAGCCAUUAAUGUUUCUGGUAAAGUCAACAGAAACACUGAGGAGUGGUGA